AAAAUGAAAAAAUUACAAAAUAUAUCUACAUACAAUUUUUCAGUCCCUCACCAUUUAAAAAAUUCAAACGACCAGCUUUAUUCAUUUAUAUUUCCAUUUAUUCAACUUCAAUUAAAUAAUUUUGAACAAUGGUCGCUGGGUUGUACGGUGUUCUUUCAUGGAAAAGGUGAAUUUAAAUAA